GUGGGUCUUCUCGUUUCGUCGGCGGAACAUAUAUCAAUUUGCGAAUCAAUAGUUUGUACAUCCAAGUAGUAGUAAUCUAUAUAUAUACAUAUAUAUGAGUACGUACAAAGAGAAAUCAAAACAAAUAUAACUUAAAAGAAACAAAUUAAAUUAAAAAAGAUUGAGAUUUUUUAGAAGAUGCGGGACUUGAGUGUCCGAUUCGGUCUCUAUGGAGUUUCUUUUAUCUCGUGGAGAAAUUCCGGAAGUUAAGUGAAGAAAGAAGAAAGUCGCCAUUUUGUGCUCAUUCAGAAGGAUAAAAGACUUCGUGAAUGACGGCUUGAUUCAAGCUGAGUAAUCUUUGUGUAAUUAUUGUUCCUUUGUUUUUUUCUUCGCCAUUUGUUCGGCUCUGCCGUGUUAAACAGCGUUGAUGAUUGGGAUUCCGCGUGACGAUCGACAUAAGAUCACGGUAAAAAUCCGCAACAAUAUGAAAAGGAGCUCCAGUCGUGAUACCCCUCCGCGCGUCAAAAGAAGUAGAUCAUCAAUGGGACGAUAUGAUGAUUCUAGUGAUGAACGAAUAACUCCUGAAAGAAUUCGUCGACGUAGUAGAGGUGCAAGAAGUCCUAGUCCUCCGACACGUGCCUCCUCUCAUGCUCGUUAUGUAGAAUCAAGCUCACAUAGAGAUGAUUAUUUAAGAGCACCCAGAGAGCUACCCCCUGAACGUCCGUAUAGUUACAAAGUGCUUUGUAUCAGUUCAAUUCAUCCGAAAGCAAGUGAUGAAGUGAUAAAAGAUACUCUUUACAGAGAAUAUAAGAAGUUUGGAGAUUUUUCUAUUAGAAUUUCUCAUGAAUUAGACGAACGUGUUGCAUAUGUUUGCUUCAGAAGUUCAGAAGAUGCCAGAGAUGCAAAACAUGCAAAACCAAGAAUCAUUAUGUAUGAUAAGGUUGCACUUGUCGAACCAGUUUAUGAAAGACCUGAUACUUAUCGUCGCCCAAGAUCAAUCACACCUCCUGAUUAUGAAAGAUACUAUGCCAGAAGUCCUGGUCCAACAGAUAGACACAGACCUUUGGAAAGAUAUGAGAGAGUUUAUGGUCCUCCAGUUGGUUUGCCCCCGCCGCAUAGAGAAAUGAGACGUGAAACAAUUCCUCCCCCGCAUCAUGAAUUUGUUAGACCACCUAUUCAUCAUGGCCCACCUCAUGUUCAUCCUGGUCCACCUCAUCAUUACGGCCCUCCAAGACAUAUGAUGAUUCGACAUCCAGUUCAUGGAUUUGAACGUGUGGAGAAUAAAAAGGAUAAAUUCCCUAAUUAUUUGCAUCAUGUUUCUCCAGAAGAUGAUCCUCUAGCAACAAGAACACUCUUUGCAGGAAACUUAGAAAUCAACAUCACAGAAGAAGAAUUAAGAAGAAUCUUUAGUAAAUAUGGAAUUGUUGAUGACAUUGACAUUAAAAGACCUCCGCCAGGAACAGGAAAUGCUUAUGCUUUUGUCAGAUUUCAGACAUUGGAUAUGGCACACAGAUGUAAAGUUGAACUUUCUGGACAAUACAUAGGAAAAUUCCAAUGUAAAAUUGGAUAUGGAAAAGCUACACCUACUACAAGAAUUUGGGUUGGUGGUUUAGGACCUUGGACUUCUGUACCGCAAUUAGAAAGGGAAUUUGAUCGAUUUGGAGCAAUAAAAAAAAUUGAUUACAUAAAAGGCGAUAGUAAUGCUUAUAUCUUAUAUGAUUCAAUUGAUGCAGCACAAGCUGCUGUAAAAGAAAUGAGAGGAUUUCCAUUGGGUGGUCCAGAUAGAAGACUGAGAGUAGAUUUUGCAGAUGUGACUCCAGGAUUUGGAUUUAAGCCUAGACCUUAUCCAGAAGAAAGUGGAGAGUUUAGACCAAGACCAGUAGAUUACGAACCUUCUUAUGAUCCUUAUGGACCAGAUAGUGAUUUUGGUUAUGGACCAAGAGGAUUCAGAGGUCGAGGAUCUGCUCCUUGGCAUGAAAGAAGGGGUGGAGGUAGAGGAGGUUAUCGCGGAACUUAUCCAGAAAGUUACAUAAGAGAAGAAGCUGAUUGGUCUAGCCGCAGACCGCCUCCAGAGUUAGAAUAUGAAACACCAAGAAGCUUGCGUCGAUCUUUAUCAAGGGAACCUGGUGUAGACAGAUCAAGAUCAAGAUCUCCCCGUAGAAGACAAAUUGAUUCUGAUUCAGAUUCAGAGAAUACUCGUAGUGGAAUGCUUUCUACUUCCAGAACAUUACCUGAAGUGGCAAGGAAAUCAAUAGCAGUUUGGCAAGGAGCAUUAAUCUUAAAAAAUUCUCUAUUUCCAGCUAAAUUCCAUUUAACUGAUGGUGACACAGAAAUAAUUGAGGCCUUGAUGAAAGAUGAAGAUGGGAAACAUAUGUUGAGAAUUACUCAAAGAUUACGUUUAGAUCAACCAAAAUUAGAUGAUGUGUCAAAGAGAAUUCAAACUUCUAGUUCGCAUGCUAUUUUCCUAGGAUUGGCUGGUUCAAGUACAGUUAUAUCUACAGAUGAUGCUAAUGUUCAAACUAGACCUUUACGCAAUCUAGUAUCAUAUUUAAAGCAAAAAGAAGCAGCUGGUGUCAUUUCGUUGCUUAACAAAGAUACAGAAGGAACUGGGGUGCUUUAUGCAUUUCCACCUUGUACAUUCUCUACAGAAUUAUUAAAACGAACCUGUCCAAGUCUCAGUGAAGAGGGACUUAAGGAGGAUCAUUUGGUAAUCGUCGUUGUUAAGGGUGGUAGCGCUUAAGUUUCCUUGAUAAUCACAAAUUGGAGCAUAUACAUGUAUAUACUGGCUAAAGUAUUUAGUAUCAUAUUUCAGAUUAAAAAUAAUUUACAAUUUCUUAAAUACUUUAUUUGGAAUAUAAGAUUUUUAUAAACUUGUGAUAUGAAUAAUUGUUUUGUAAUCUUUCUUUUUAUAAAUUUAUCAAAAUGAAAGCAAAUAGUAGUUAAAAACGUGUUAUUUAAUAUAAAUUAAAGUUUAUUAUUUAAAAACUGAAAGCUAUAGUAAAAAAUUUAGUAUAAAUGUAUACAAAUUUAAAAAAAUGAUAUUAAUAAAUGUUAUAAAUAGAAUAAUAAAUAUAACAGUUUAAAUUAUGAAAGAAAUUAAAAAAAUAAAUUUCGGUAUUAUAUCGGGGGAAAAUUUUUAUAUUGCAUAAAGGUGAAUAAUUUGUUUUCUACUUUUAAUUCUGGAUGUUUAGAGAUAUGAAGAAGUUACUAAAUGCACAAGCCUGUAUAUACAUAAAGAGAAAUAAAAUUAUCAUGAAUCUGAAUUGCUAAAAAAAAUUAAAUUACAUUAACAAUAAUAAUAAUAAAUAGUAAUAAUAAAUAAUAGUAAUAGUACUAGUAGUAGUAGCAAUAAUUAUUCUACACAAAUAAUUAUUUUAAUUUUUAAUCAAGUAUAUCGAUUAGUUUUUAAUAUUCUUUCAAAUGUUACAUAUGUAAUCCUAAUUUUCUUUAAUAUUCAUAAUUUUUAAUAUCAAAGCAAUUCAGAAUUCAUUAAAUUCUAAGGAAACACUUAAUUAAACUAUUUUAAUUAUAAAUAAUUCAUAAAGGACGUAGAUUUAAUUUGUAUUAUAUAAUCAUAUAAUCUGUUGCGCCAAAUAUAUAUACACACACACGUAUGUAUAUAUACAUAUAUGUGGUGUGUAUUUAUAUAUAUAUAUAUA